UCAAUGAGGUAGGAAGGAGGCCUGGUUACAGAGGGCUUUGAACUAAAUACAGAGGUGGAGCUUCUGGAGGACGGGGGUGACGUGGUCAGAGUUUUGGAUGUAGUUGGAGUUUAUUCAAAGUUCUGUUUGGUGCGCCAUAGAGGAUGCUAUUGCCUUAGUGGAUUCUGUAGGUGAUGAAGGUGUGAAUGAAGGAGAGUGAUGGGCGGAGUCGGGCGGCGUUCAGGUUAUUUGGUUCAUGUGAAGUUCAAAGGAGAGGUUACUGUCAAAGAUGACUGACUGUGAGGGGAUGGAGACAGGGUGGAGGUGUCGAUGGUGAGGUGGAAACUGUGGGUGGUGAAAGAAUCUAAAGAAAUUCAUCCAUCCAGGUCCACAAAGAACUUUAAACUGUUAAACCUGGUUCUGGUUCUUAAGGUCCAUAGAACUUUAAAGAAGCAGUUUAGGUGAGGUGACUCUGCAGAGUAGAGCAAACCCCUAACCCAUCUUACAAUACAUUUUCCGGUUCAUCUUUAGACAUUUUACUGACUUCAGCCAAAGAAACAAGAACAGCUGUGCACAGAAUCAAACCUGCGUGACCUGGAUCAGGAUUGAAUAAGAAAAAGUUUUUUUUUUUAAGUUUUGAAUCUGGCUGUUGAUUUUUUUCACACUUUAACUUGUCGGAGCAGAAAAAGAUCAAAAACAUUUCACGCUUGCAGCAAACCUCAAAAUUAAACUUUUAAAUGUUUGAACACUGAAAUGUCUCAGAGGCAUCAGUGCACGGGAGCGUGCACGUUCAUGUAAAGUCUGCAGCACUAAAAACAACUUGUACACUUUAAGAAGUUUGAUGCUGGUUGGUCCCAGACUUAGUUUUGCUAAUAAUCCUAAUAAUAAAUGUCAAAUUUUUCAGAUACCUCACUGAUAAAUGUUCAGAAUCAUACGUUUAUCAUGGUCACAGUUUAAAAGGUAAAUCAUGUCUGUUUGUCAGAGAUCAUCUUUGUCAUGUAAGCACAGAUCAAACAUGUCGAGCAGCAGGGCUCCAAAUUUAACGUGUCAAUAUUUGAACACCAUAACGGACAUAUCUGGGGGCAUCAUCAGUCAUGAGCACUGAAGGUAUUUAAACCUUCUGAUAGUCAGAGCGAGGUGGAAGAAGACGAACACAGCCGUGAUUUCUGAGCCAUGCGUCUUCUUGUGGUAAAUACUGUCUCCCUGCUGGUUCUGAUGUUCAUGUCGGACUCUGCAGCUGGACAUAUCGCUCAUAAGUGUAUGAACACAUACCCAGCCGUACCAUGUACAAAGGAUGACUAUGAGGACUGGUUCCAGAUGGGUGAAGGUCGCUGUGUGAAGGCGUUCGGCACAGAACGUUUGAACUUUGAUGAUGCAGAGAAAUCCUGCGUUGACCAUGGAGGUCAUCUGGUGUCCAUCCACAACACAACAGAACUGAAUCAGGUGGUGUGCACCAUGUACAGAGUCACCCCCAGAAGACCUCCCUACUGGAUCGGACUCAAAUUAACAUUACACUAUGAAGACUAUCUGGUUUACGACUGGACUGAUGAGACUCAACACACAUUCAGCAGAUUCGCUUACAUGCAACCAGACUUCUAUAACGAGGAAGAGGAAUGCGUUGAGAUCAACUACUACUACUGGGGGCAUUGGAACGACGUGAGCUGCGACAUACUCAGAGGUUAUGUGUGUGCAGUGGACCUCUGAUAAAUCAUGCUGGGAGCUGCAAGCAUGAACAUUUCACAUUCACUGCAAUAAAAGUUCAGCAAACAUGUUUCGUUUCAUUUCGUAUUCAGCAGUGUUACCCAGAAUCCAUCUGUCCUACAAUGUGACCCCAUAAUGAACUCUAUUUAAAGUAACUCAGAGAUGUAAGAUGUGAGGAAUGCUGUCAUUUCACUGAGCUAAGCUCAAUUUAUAUCUUUGUUUGACAUCAUGACGACUCAUUCAAAAUAC